AUGACGACAUUUGAUUUAUUCCAGAACAUCAAAGGGACACAGCUCAGUCGAGAUAAUCUCGAGGUCCUGGGCAACAUGGCAUGUACUCUGGAUGAGAACUACAUUCAGAGCUCUGACUCUUACAUCCUGGAGAAACUAAAGAACUGCAAUGACUUCUCAGAUCAGCAGAUUACAGCUAUGGAGACUGUUAUCUGCAGUGGCAACACCACAUAUGGAAACCCAAGCACAUGGACUGAAAAAACUCUAGAGCAGCUUGACAUUCUUCCACUGUACUUAACAGAGAACUUCUGGAAACACAUCAGCACGCGGAAUAAAAGUACGUUCCUGAAGAAAUUCAUGAAAAGACUACGUACAAACAAGACAAUGAAGAGGAAACUGAAGAAGCUGUUCAAAGAAUGCACCAAGUCUUUGAGAUCCAAACGAAGCACUGUAAAUGCAUGUCCAGACUCCCUUGGCAACAUUACUCAAGUGACCAUAAGCAAUGACGCGUUCCCCUUUGGGUAUGACACCACCACGUUCAACCACUGUCUGAGCGCCCAAGUAGUAAUGGACAAUCUGGCCAGCCUGACUGAGAAGGUAGAUGAUGAUGACAUGCAAAAGGUCCUUUUGGAGAAGCUACACCAGGCGUACCCCAAKGGUCUCUCAGACCAGCAGGUUCAGGUGCUUSGGUCGGUGUCUCGCGUGGCUUCCAUGGAGCAGAUUAACAAGUGGAACAUCACUACAGUGGACACACUAGCAGCACUGAUGGACAAUGGCAAUGGAGAAUGGGACUCCGCCAAAGCCAAAGUUAUUUUCACCAAGUUCUUAAGUGCUGGCAAUUCGCUGGGUGCCUCUGAACUGAAUUCAAUUGGAGGGCCUAACCUGUGCGCACUGGACCUCAGUGUGUUGCAAGGCAUCAGAAAUGACAGUCUCCGAGAUGCAGAUGCUCUGGAAAUCACUAACUGUUCCUCAGCACAUAAGAAGGCCUUCUUUGCAGUAGCUGAGAUCGCCUUUCCUAUCAACUUCUUCAAAACCCGCGCCACUGCAGAUCAGCUAACAUCCUACCAGCUCAUUCAGACAUACCUGGGAGGUGCCAAUAUCACCUACAUACGGAGUCUGUCUAGGGUCAAUAUUAGCAUGGACAUCAACACUUUUAUUGGUUUGGAUUCAGCUGUCGUCCAGGCUCUUAGUGUGAGUGAAGUGUCUGGACUCCUCGGCUCCAACCUAAAUGACCUGAAAACCUUUGAGAAUAACACUGUAGUGCACAACUGGGUCUCAAAGCAGUUCCAGUCUGAGCUUGACAAGCUGGGUAUCGGUCUGAUCGGAGGAAGGGUGGAUUCAAACACCACCCCCAUGAUAACAAAUACUGCCAUCCCCAUCACCAAUACAACUUCCGGCCAGAGCAGAGGCACAUAUCCAGCCCCUUUGCUUUUCCUGUUGGGUCUCUUGUUCAUUGCAGUGCAAAUGUAG